GAUAAUAGGCAACUCCACGCAUUUCCCCUACUUUUUUUUUUUUAUUAUUAUCAUUAUUUUUUUUGUUGCAAUAUUCUUAUUUAACUACAGGUGGCUUAUUAUCAGAGUUUUAAUGUCCCGUCGCGACAGACGCUCAACAAAAUGGAGCUAUCAAACAAACUCCGUUGGAACCAAUUCCUGAUUUUGGCAACAGCACUUAUGUCACCUGCGUUAACGGUGCUAUGUAAUGAUAUCCUUAGCCUGAAGGUGGCAGGAGAUCCAGUUCUAACCCCUCACUCUGUGUGCCUGAGACUGGUAGGCCUCAGCAAACGUCAGAUGCGGAUGUGUAUGCGUAGUCCCGACGUGACGGCAUCCGCCCUGCAGGGCAUCCAGGUGGCCAUCCACGAGUGCCAGCACCAGCUGCGCGACCAGCGAUGGAACUGCUCCUCGCUGGAAAGCUUCGGGAAGCUGCCUCACCACAGCACCAUCCUCAGCAGGGGUUUUCGCGAGAGUGCCUUCUCCCUGGCCUUGCUGGCAGCGGGUGUGGCUCACUCCGUGGCCUCUGCCUGCAGCAUGGGCAAGCUGCGGGGGUGCAGCUGUGAGGCCAAACGUCGCCAGGACGAUGACAAGAUCCGGCUGAAACUCACACAGCUGCAGCUGCAGACUCUGCAGAAGGGCGGGGUAGGCAUCGGCAUGACCAAAUCAUUACCCUCAGAUCUAAAUGGGCACCAUGGGAACCUACCGCCCGACCUCCACUCUGCCCACACAUCUGCCAUGCUCAAGCCUUUAUCAGAUGACAUAAGCUCUAUGCAGGACACCUGGAUGUGGGGGGGCUGCAGUCAUGACUUGCGGUUUGGGGACCGUUUUUCAAGAGACUGGCUUGAUUCCCGUGGCUCUCCUCGGGACAUCUAUGCACGCAUGAGGAUACAUAACAACCGCGUGGGGCGACAGAUAGUGACUGACAACAUGACAAGAAAGUGCAAAUGUCACGGCACAUCAGGGAGCUGUCAGUUCAAGACCUGCUGGUACGUUUCUCCAGAGUUCCGCGUUGUUGGAUCUCUGCUCAAGGAAAAGUUCUUGUCGGCCAUCUUCGUCAACUCCCAGAACAAAAACAAUGGCGUGUUCAACCCUCGAACAGAGAACAGUGCCCGCAGAAGCACUGGGGGGUUCAGCGGAGGGCGCCGUAGAAGCAUGUCCAGGGAGCUGGUGUACUUUGAGAAGUCGCCCGAUUUCUGCGAGCGCGACGCGUCGAUAGAUUCCCCAGGUACGCAGGGACGCAUUUGCAACAAAACGAGCUACAGCACAGACAGCUGCAGCUCGCUGUGCUGCGGCCGCGGGCACAACAUCCUACGGCAGACUCGCAGCGAGCGUUGCAACUGUCGAUUUCACUGGUGCUGCUACGUUCUGUGCGAGGAGUGUCGCCUCACAGAGUGGGUGAAUGUGUGCAAGUAGAUCCAGCUUUUGUUUUGCUCUUUGUGCAACUGUUCUUGAGAAUCUGUUUAUCCCCCUCAUUUUGUGUGUGUGUGUUUUUUUUUAACUUCCAUCAUCUGGGAUCUAUUUUCUCUGCAUAGCUGCUGUGAUCCCAAAAUGCCAAGUCAAAGAUUGAAGAGGUGACUCAUGUCAUUUGUCUUGCCAUGGCCUGUUUAGACGCUACCCUCUCAGCCAUGAAGAGGGCCCACUCUCCAGUGUUUCUACCCCACAGAAAACUGGAGAAACAGCAGAAGAGCGCUGAAGUUUCACUCUGCUUUUUUUUUAAUCCAUCUUGUUGUACAGUAGCUGUGUAUUUUAUUGUGCGAGUGUAUAUUUGUAAAUGCACGAUUUGUUAAUAUGAUUAUUGUUUCAGAGUGUUUAAUGUUGGUUUUAGUGAAUGACAGAACGGGAACUGCCAACAUUAUCUGAAAGAUGAAUAUAAAGCUUCAGUAUCUUGCCAUCUUAUAAUCUCUUGGAUUAUAAAAUGGAUAUUUGUGACUCCACAACUCACACAAUACUACAUGAUCAAAUUUAGUUAGCUCUUAUUUUUAUCUUUCCAGAUUAAAAAAAAUCUCAUCCACAAUUCCAAUACAGUGUAAAUUAUGUUACGGUUCAAAAAUAGUCCCAUUAUCUUAAAAUCAGGGAUUCGGGACAAACUCUUGACUCUUCCAUUGAGUGAUCGGCAUCAAAUAAAAAGUCACAAGAAGAUAUUCAUGAAAUUGUCAAUUUUUUACUAGGAAUCAACUCAAAAUGAAUACAAUCAAGCUAUAAUACACCAUAGAAUUAGCCUUUAAUUUAAAUGUCAGUCACACAAAACAAACAUCAAAACAAAGACACUACAACAGCUCUUUGUCAAACAGCACAAGAUUUUUGCUUAUUCCCUCACUGCCAUAAGGGAAUGAGCUCAUGGCAGCUAUCAGCCCACCAUAUUUCAGGUGGGCUGAUAGGAAAAUUGCUUUGGUUUUGGCUGGAAUGUCACUCUGAAACUGUCAUGCUGGCAUAUUGGAUGCCUUAGUGCUUGAACACACAUCCAAGGUGACUGGAGGGAAAUUUAAAUCUUGAACAGAUUUACAAACAAAUAUAGAGAAAUGCUGCACAGCUUGCCAUGCUAACUAAAAUAUUUGGCACAACUGGAUCUGUAAUUAGCGAUGUCUCUGCUCUGACUCGAUCGAGCAAGUCUUCCUUCUUUAUUUCUGAACAUCCUGCAGUUCAUUGAGAGCUUAAACCUCCAGGGCAGGAGACAUCGCAAGGGACAGAUCGACCAAUCAGAUGGGCACCUGGGCUAGUGUGAGAACUGCAGUCAGUUAAAACGUUGAUUGAUUCUGUUUUUAUAAAACCUGUUCCUCAUUUAAACACUCUAGCACUUGUUGAACAGUGCUUCAUUACUGCGUCUUGAAGAAGCACACCAGACAGAUAGGGAUGAAGUUAUGUAGAAGUCUAAAGCGCAGUUAGGUUACACAAAAGUAGUGAUAAUAUCUCAAAAUUUUGGCAUCUCACAAAGUGUUGUUCACAAAGUGUUGUUCACAAAGUGUGACAAAUAAUCACUUCAGCCAUAACCCACAACUGAGUCUUUUUUCAGUAUAUUAUUUUUUCUAAAACAUGUCAACAUUACAUUGAAUGUGACCUUCACGUAAGGUUUCAUUCAUUAGUUAGAAUUAAAAGUUGUGACUAACCUUGCAUGGUUUCAAAUAUCAUUGGGCUUUCUAACUCAAGGAAUGAAAUUAUCAAUUUUAAUUGACCUUUUUUUCCAGUCUAAAUUACUUGGAACCUUACCAUGACUGUUUUCAUUUGGAUGAGCACAUCAAACCAUUAAUAUCAUUAAAAUCCUCACCAUUUGGAGACUUCAGGAGGUCAACUGCAAGAAUGAGUUCGCUUAGUCCACAUCUUUGGUCCAACAAGGGCAUCCGAUGGAUCUGGAGAAAAGCAGCUCCUUGCAGGUGAAAGGUCAAAUUUAAGGUGUUCACGUUAACUACAUCAGUUGGACCAAAUUAAUUUACAUGCAUUAUAAUUAAAAUUAAAAUCAGUCAAGCGAUUUGUUCCAUGCUAAUGAGGUGUUUGUUUUGGACAGUCUCCAGAAACGACAUGAGGUGUUUAAAUGUCUUUUGUAGAGAGUCAAGCAACGAUUUUUGGAAAAAUGACUGCUGUGAAAAGGAGUCUUCCUCUUUACAGAUGCUUCAGAUCAUCAUAUAAAUGUAUUGUCAGAGAAAGAUACCAAGAAGCAAAUACAUAAUUAUCAGUAAUUAAUAAAUUCAUUCUUCAAAGGAUAAAUCUAAUAACUAGUUCACAAAUAAAACAUUCAUCAAACAGCCUUGAUAGCUGCCACUGAUUUUUUUGUGUCAUAAUAAAUGGAGUUUAGCCCGC